AUGUCAUUAAGGUCAACAGACCUGCCAGAACAAUUUACCCAAACAAAUGGGGACACUUUACGAGUACCGUCUACUGGACCAUCCGAAGCUGCUUCAAGAUGUACUAGUCGUGUGACAAUUGGGGAGGAGCGAGUUCAUAAAAGUGAAUUAAAAGAGCCGAUGGAAGGUACCUUAAACCCGGGAUACACUCCUUAUCCCAAACAUGUCUUUGGUAAUGCUGCCGCUCUAGGAUUGGCUGCAUUCUCGAUUACAACUUUCACACUUGGGUUAUAUUUAGCUGGCGCUAUGGGAAUCACAAUUCCUAAUGGUGUUGUGGGAUUGGCUAUGUUUUACGGAGGGGCUGUUCAAUUUCUUGCGGGUAUAUGGGAAUUGGUGAGUGAAAACUGUUUUGCUGGUACCACGUUUGUUAGUUAUGGCUCAUUUUGGCUUUCUUUUGGAGCCAUAUAUAUCGAAUCCUUUGGAAUCUUGAGAGCUUAUGACGGUCAACCGGAUCAAUUUGGUAACGCGGUGGGACUUUAUUUAAUUGCGUGGGGAAUUUUUACUGCGAUGUUAAUGACGAUCACUUUUAAGGCUACUUGGCCAUUUGUAUUUUUGUUUAUUACUUUGGAUAUGGGAUUCUUCUUAGUAGCUGCUGCAUUUAUGACAGGUAGUUCACGUUGUCUUACAGGGGGUGGCGCAUUGCUUACAAUUAGUGCUCUUUGUGGCGGGUAUAGCUGCUUUUCGGGUAUAUCUACAAGAGAAAACAGUUAUUUUGUGUUUAAAGCCAUGAGUAUGCCAAUUUGGAAGAAACCUUCGAAGACCAAGAUAAUUGGUUUAUAG